AGUCAGAGGAUAUCAUGGCAGUGUAAUAGGUUGAUAUGUUAAACUUGUGGAAAAGCCUUCAAUUCUGUUUUAACAUAUGAGAAGGAGGGGUGACUGACUUCAUGACUAGCAUUAAAAAAAUAUCACAUGUUGGGAAACUUUCUGCCUUGAUGGUUUUAUAAACACAAGAGAUAAAAAAUGAGGCACAUGCUUAGAUAUAUUGGGACUGAGAUGGGACUGUGGCAUUGUCACAAGGGUACACAAAUACUGAGAGUGACUGAUAGAGGAACGGUCCCCAUUGGUUGUGAUCUCAGGUGAGACCAGGAGGCCUGUGUUUUAGCAAACCCUGGGCAAUUGGAAUGAAGGGCUCCUAAGAUUCCAUGACACACCCAGCUUCUAAUUCUGUUAUUGCAACAGCAGGCCGUUACCUGGGACUCUGGCCACUAUCUCCCACACUCUCGUCAGAGCCUGAGCUACAGGCAGCACCUUCAGCUCUCAGCUCAAGCAUUUCCAGCCUUGUUUUUGCAGUUAAGGACCCUAAAGUGCUGUGAGGGGGGAUCAAGUUUUUCUGAACAUGUCUGACUGCGCCUGUGGUGCCCCUAACGUCAGCAUGGUGGCAUCUGGCAGGACGUGUUCCAGGAAAACCACAGCGGUGAACUUUCCUGAUAUCAUCGAGAAUUCCUACUCCCAGCAGGAAGAGACCAAACCCAAUUUCAGAGACAGCAAAUAUAGACUUCUUAUGAGCCAGGUGGCCUACUUCCGGAACUACCAGCUGAAGACAUACGAAGAUCGAAAAGAUCAUGAUGAAGAACAGAAAUGCCGAGACAGCAAAAAUAAACUUCUUAUGAGUCAAGUGGCCUACUACCUGGGCUGCCGGCUGAAGACGGAAGAUGAUCAAAAAGAUCAUGAUGAAGAACAGAAAUACAGAGAGAGCAAAAAUAAACAUCUUACGAGUCAAGUGGCCUACUACCUAGGCUGCCGGCUGAAGACGGAACAAAAUGACCAAGAGGAGGAUGAAGAUGUUCAUGUUACAGAGUCUGAGCAAAUACAGGAGUCACGUGCCCCCAGGCUCAUCGGGGAGGUGCCGAAGGUGGAUGUCAAGAGAGUCCUUGAAGACUCACCGGAGGAAUGUGUCAUCACUCGUUCAAAUAUCUACGGCCCUUCUGACUCCAGCCAGCCUCCAUACGGAGACACCAAUGAAAUCCCAUUUGAGGAAGACAACCUCAACUCUGCACUGGUUGUAGAGAGUCCAUCGUCCCGUGAUGCAGUGGAGGAUGCUCUAAUCAUUCUUUCAGAAGAUCGAAAAGAUCAUGAGGAGGACCGGCAAUACGGAGACAGCCAAAAUAAACUUCUUAUGAGUCAAGCAGCCUACGACCUGGGCUGCCGGCUGAAGACGGAAGAAAAUGAAAAAGAUGAGGAUGAAGAUGUUCAUGUCGUGGAGGCUGAGGAAAUACAGGAGUCAUGUGCCCCCAGAGAGGUGCAGAAGAUUGAAGUCAAGAAAGUCCCUGAGGACUCACUGGAGGAAUGUGUCGUCACUCGUUCAAAUAGCUAUGGCCCUCCUGACUCCAGCCAGCCUCCCAGAGACACCAAUGAAAUCACAUUUGAGGAAGACAGCGUCGAUUCUGCGCUGGUUGUAGAGAGUGAAUCGUCUCAUGAUGUAGUGGAGGAUGCGCUAAUCAUUCUUUCAGAAAUUCAAAGUGAUGAUGAGGAAGAGGAAGAAAAAGGGCCAGUGCCCCCCAGGAAUCUGCAGGAGUCUGUGGAGGAGGAAGCCCCCCAGGAGUCCUGGGAUGAAGGUUAUUUGACUCUCUCAGUUCCUCCUGGCACAUCUGCCUUCAAUGAGCCUUACAGGAGCAGCUUACACUUAUUAGAGGAUCAGCAAGUCGACUUGGCUCGUGACAUAGACAAGAUUAAAAAUGACCAAGAAGAGGAAGAAGGUCAAGGCCCACCAUGCCCCAGGCUCAGCAUGGAGCUGGUGGAAGCAGAAGAGCCUGAAGUCUUCCGGUACUCACUGGAUAUAUUGUAUUCAAUGUAUACAGCUUAUCCUGAGUUUUACUACACAUGCCAGGAUUACACAUAUGCCAUUUUUUUACUUGUGGAAGAGCAUGUUCGCUUGACUUUGGACAUGGACAGUAGAUUUCUUACUAUGACAGUGAUAAGACUCCACCUGGUCUCCCGGAUAGGGGUCAUAUUCCCACACUAAGACAACAUGUCACCUGGGACUCUGCCGGUGCAGAGUAUGAACAACACCAUGUUCUUGCUGAAACGCUUAGUCUGAGUUUCAUAGCCUGAGGUAAUCUCCAGACAACUUCAUAAUGUAGAGCAGUGAGCAGGACGACUGACCUGUCUCCUUUAAAAAAACAAAUGGUUUUUAAAAGUAUUUGUCACCACAAAUCACACAACUAAAAGGAGAAGAGAUACUUUGGGUUGAAAAAGAGUCAAAACCUAAUGUAGCUACAUUUCUUUACUUCUUUUGAACCCAAAGUGUCUCCUCACCUUUUUGUUGUUGUCAUUGAUGGUGGUGACAUGGGCUUGUUUGUAGAGGACACGUCAGCUGUCUGGCUCAAUGGUCUAUACUCUGAAGUUUUCUGAAAAUGUCCUCAUGAUUAAAUUCAGCCUAAAAGUGUUUUUCCGGGAACACUGCAGGGUCAAUGCUACCUCACACAUCUGCAGACAGAUACAGUCCCAUGUGUCUACCACCAUGAUCAUGGUACCAGGACUGUUCCAGCAUUUGCCUAUCACCAUGAUCGUGGUACUGGGACUGUUCCACCAAUUGUCUACCACCAUGAUCGUGAUACCAGUACUGUUCCACCAUUUGUCUAUCACCAUGAUCAUGGUACCAGGACUGUUCCACCAUUUGUCUAUCACCAUGAUCGUGGUACCAGGACUGUUCCACCAUUUGUCUAUCACCAUCAUCGUGAUGCCAUAUCUGUACCUUUCAGAGAUACCUUAUUUAUAGUGAAGUAAUUGGAAAAAUGGUUUUUAAAAGUAUUAAUAUGCUGUGUUCAAAUGAUCAUCCCCUAAACAUUUUAUUCAUUGAUCAUCCCUGGCGGUGUCAAUUAUUAUAUCUCUUUACUGGAAAUUUUCAAUUUUUACUGUGUCUUUGCUUUUCCUAGUUUCUGUUGUUGGAAAAAAAAUUCCCUGCCUGCAUUUUAAUUUUUGCAAAGUUACUUUUAAUCUAUACUAUUAAAAUUUUUUCUCUUAAGAUAAGACUGUCAGCACAUAAGGCCACAGAAAAACAGAGAAUUCACUGAUUUUGAAGUCUUCGUUAAUUUCUGGCUGACAAGAGAUGUAGUUUUCUUAGUUAGCUGCUAGUAUCUAUUCAUGUGAGCAGCCAGGGAAAUGUCUAUCAGACUAAGGACAUGCAAAGCCCAGGCCGUUCUCUUUGAGUCUUUUGACUAUUUCAAAAGAGAGGAGAAUAGGUAAUUCCACAUACGUGGACAGGAAGGAGAAUACACUAAAAGAAACAGACAACUAUUUCCCAAAACAGAAUCGAAAAUUAGAUUUAAAUAAACAUACCCCAUUAAAAUUCAUAAAACAUUUUCUCAUGAAAUGUAAUUUCUCUAAACUUACCUAUUAUAUGGAAGUCAGUUCUUAAUAUGCCACACUACAUUGACUGUUGACAUACAUACGAACAUAUUUCCAGGUUUAUUAUUUGAAAAAGCAAAUGGACUAUAAUCCCUUUGUUUUGCAGUGAUCUUUUUAAGAUUGGUGAUUUUUUUUUUUCAAAAUAAAACGAAAGAUUUUCAAGAUUGAAAAUGACAUUGAAAUUUAUCUUCUCAAA